CGGUUAAACGUUAUGUCAGCUCGCUAGCGCAAUGACAUUGUACCAAACAGAAGUCGGAUCGCCGAGUGGUUUACAGUGUGUUAUUUCACAGACUUUGAACGCUCAAACUUAGCAUUGACAUUGCCGUCAACAUGUCCUCCGCCUCCACAGGUUUUCCGGAGGAGCAGCAGCGCAGAGGAGCACAGAUACCAGUGGGCAUGGAGUACAUCCCAACAGAGGAAGAGAAGAGGGUGUUCAGAGAGUGCAACCAGGAGAGCUUUUGGUACAGGUCGGUGCCCUUCUCUGUGGUCGGCAUGGCUAUCACACAGGCCCUAGUUGCCAAAGGGACGCUCUCUGCAUCUGCAAGGUUUGGAUCUCUACCUAAAGUGGUCUUUGCUGGCUUCUGUGGCUAUCUGGCUGGGAAAAUGUCAUACAUGAAGACGUGCCAGGAGAAGUUCAAGAGGUUGGAAAACUCCCCUCUGGGAGAGGCCCUCAGACAGAGGACGGGAUUCCCUCCAAAACUUUCCAAGGCUCCUCAGUCAGAGAUGAGUGACCCAGACAUCCAGUCAUUUGACACCAUGUUCCAGCAAGCAGAAGCCCCAAUCCAGAGAACCUACACUUCAGAGUCACCCGUGCAAAUGGGGAGAGUAGAUGACUUGAGCACUCCAGCCCAGUCAGAUGUGGAAGAAGAGGAACCGACGAGGAAGUCCAUCCUCUAUGAGGACCUGAGGCUCAAGAACAGGGAGAACUAUGAGGUCACGCUCACUCAGAGGGCCGAGACGCUGCUCAAAACAACACCCGAGAAGGAGCCAAAAAUACCCAAGAAAGAGGCGAAGAACAUCUAUGGAGACACCUGGGAUGAAUGAAAAUGAAAUUAAGAUGUAAUAGGUGUUCUUGCAUCUCUUGAGACCACAGUACAGCAGACAGCUCAGUGGCCCUUUUUCUCCAGUGCGACUUAGCCAGGUGUCAUGAAGUUGUUUCUGAUCAGUGUCGUUGCAAGUGAGUCAAUUAAAUCCAGUUGCUUGAGGACUAAAACUGUCUCUCUGUGCCUUGACAUAUGAAUUCUGUGUACUUUUUUUUUAUCUUCACUUGCACAAAUUUUAAAUUACAAAAUUUUAAAGCUCUCAAAACUUAACUGGAAAAGAAAAGUAAAUGUUUCAUCCCAUAGUUUUCAUUGGGCACAUCGCCAGCAAGACAUAGUAUAUAAGCAAAAACAGAGUACAUCCUGCUGAUGUCAUGGUCCAGAUUGAUUGAUUAAAUAAAAUAUAUAUUCACUACUUACAACUAAAAA